UUCGGUUCCCCUCCAAAACCCAAACCGAAGAUCUGCAACGUAACACGGAAAGUGAAGUCGCAUUCGGUGGAAUCGCCGACGAAGGAAGGAAGAACCCCAACGCUCUCAGCGACCACCGAUCAACCCUUUCCUCCGCCGUAGAAUCCAUUGAUCCAGCGUUGUGGGGAAUUCUUACUUGAUCAUGACUUCGAAUUCGAAACGAAGCAGUGCUACUAUCAAAGGGGAAAAAAUGUACAAAGGACAGCUAGUUGCGUCGCGUCCUAAAGGCUUUGCGCGGAGAAAGUGCGAGGAUCUUGUUUCGUUGACCCGCGGUGACUUUGGAACUAGUAAUGUGGGUCGUGUCGCGAUGUUUUUAGUUAAAGUUGCUGCUCUAGAGGCAGUAAGGAGAUUCUCCAAGAGUAAAUGUCCAUGUGUGUGGCGAGGCCUGCAGGGUUUACAAAUCCUUGUCUAUCCACCAUUUAAAUGGAUUCAGAGAUGGGCACCCUUUAGUGGUUUGGUGAAAAGCAUGCAGGUACUAUCAAGACCCUUACUGGUCCUUUCAAUUGCAACUGCUUUUACUGAUCCACCCCAAUGCAGUGAUGGAACCUCAAAUUGUAUUUCUGAUUCCCGUGAUUCAGAAUCUGAAGUAUCUGCUGAAUCAUCUCCUGUGCAAGCUAAUUUGAAUACAAGUCAAUCUGAGAGAGCUCCUAGAGUUCUAGAAUAUGAGAACUGGUUGACUCAACUCGAGCAAGAGCUGGAAAAUCAAGGGAUUAGUUUGCCAGAAAGAAUCAAUGAUGAUGAGCUCCUCAGAUUUUACAAAGCUUCUGAUAAUGACUAUUCAUGCUUCCUUACCUCAAUCAAGAAGACAAUACGCUGGCGAGAGAGGUACCGAUUUCUCUCAGGAGAAGAGCUGGAAAUGUGGUCAAAUUUGGUGUUCUGGCAUGGAUUUGAUUUGUUGCAAAGACCUUGCCUCGUUUUAAGGCUUGGUAUAGCUUGCAGCAAAUUGGCAUCCCAAGAUAAACCUCGGUUUACUCAGGCCAUCAUAUCACAGGUAGAAUAUGGUGUCUUGCACUUGGUUGAUGCAGACAACCCUCAAAUUACAGUAUUGGUGGACUGUGAAGGGUUAUCUCCUUUGAAAAUUCCCAUGCAAAUGUUGAAAUCUUGUUCGUCCCUUCUGCAAGAUCACUUUCCUAAUUGUCUUGGUUGUUUGUUUGUCAUACGACUUCCAGCCAUUGUUCGUGUUGUUGCCCAGACUUUUAUUCAGGUUUUAAAACCCGCUACUAGGAAAAAGUUGAAAUUAGUAGGAGAAAUGUAUCAGAAGGUUCUUUCUGACAAUCUGCCGACACUACCAUCAUAUCUUGGAGGCAGCUGCACUUGCAUGAAAUGUGCUAAAAUUGGCAAGUGGGAUGUUUUUCAACCUAAUGAAACUGGGACCAGCCGGAUUGACAGGGAGGAGGAUAUCAGUGACAAUGAGGAUUCACCAUCACUGCGUCAGUCUACUGAAUUUGAUGGCCGCCAAAACAACACUUAUGACCAGUUGCUAAGAACUGCUGUAAUAAGUAUUCUCGUGUUUUGGGUUGUCGUAGCUCUUGGUGCUGGAAUAUACGAACCUGGUAGUUCGUCCUCUUAAUGUAAGCUUGGCCAAAUUAGUUUUAUUUCUUUAGUUGAAUAAAAAUCUAUAGAGAACACCUCUAGUAUGAAUUUGUGUUUCUAAAUUUGAAGGCGGUGUUAUGAGAACUGUAAAGAUAAACUGUUUCAGAUUGUUAAGAUAAAAGAUCUCCAGUUAUGGCUUGCACUGCUGUGUAAUAAAAGCUUUCUUGGGUUUUAUCA